AAAGAGCAGAGGAAUGACAACUAAAAUGUGCUUGAGAGUACGCGUUAGUUGAGGCCAGCGUCACACGAGGAAAUGCAACAACAACACCACCACACUGCCUCUCUUCAAACAAGUGGAAUGGAAACUUCUGAGGGAAGCCCAGAGGAGGACACCAUAACUGACCCUAAACCAGUAAGACAGGGCUGCCGAACAUGCCGACUGGGAGUUGAAGUAGUAAUUUGGCUGGUCACAGUUUUCCUUGUCAAGGUGUCUAUACUGACACUGGGCUUUCUCAUCCUAAAAGCAACAGCACCAGGAAUCCACAAUGAAGCCAAGGAUUCUGGGAACGAGGCUGCCGAGGCAAUGGAGCGUCUGUAUCAGUGUCACGUUGACCUCCGAAGAGUUACUGCCUCGCUCUAUGGAAUCACUCAAGACCCCAGGUGCAGACUGUGUCCAGAAAACUGGCUGUGGAAGUCAGGUCACUGCUACUUCUUCUCCGUGGGUCUGGAGGAGGACCAGACUUGGGGGCACAGCGCAGAGUUCUGCCGGCAAAACAACGCCAGCCUGGCUUUCAUUGGGGACCACGAUGAGAUGGAGUUAAUCCAGGAAGUAAUGAGAGGGUUUCCACGGCUACCCUUUCUUUGGGUGGGGCUAACGGACGCUCGGGAGGAAGGACAGUGGGUGUGGUGGGAUGGGAACAAGCUCCAGCUGCCGAUAAACCCAGAGACAGAGGUGGAGUGGGACUCGGAGAACAGGGACUGUGCAGAUCUGAGGGGCGACGGGUGUUUCUUUGCUGUGGACUGCCAGGCCUACGGACCGUGGGUGUGUGAGAGAGAGGCCUGAGCUCGAAUGAAUUUACCACUCGCACAUCGCCAUACGCCUUGACUGAGGCGGGGAGUGUGGUGUGUGGCAACACAGUUCUGUGCCGUGUUCUGUGGAAACACGGUUAUUUAUGCUGAUUUAGUCCCCGGAUCUCCCCACGAAAUUGUCAUUUAGGUCUUUUGAAAGCUCGUUUAAGGCUCAUGGUUGAGGGUCUGUUUUACAGUUUAACAGAGGGAAACUACUGUAACUGAUGAAUUCAUCUUGAAGGUGAUCAGUUAAGCCUUUCAAAAUAAUAAUAAUAAAAAAAAACUUUAAACUGUUGACUAUUGUAUAGCAGUUGUUUAUGUUUUUUUAUUAAGAAAAAAUACAA